UCCCCCACCCCUUCCUCUGGUUUCUCUCUUUUUCGCUCUCUUGUGGCCGGGGGGAGGGGAGGGGGGGUCACCAUGGCCGAAGCGCCUCAGGUGGUGGAGAUCGACCCGGACUUCGAGCCACUGCCCCGGCCUCGGUCGUGCACUUGGCCCCUUCCCAGACCGGAGUUUAACCAGUCGACUUCGGCCACCUCCAGUCCGGCCCCCUCCGGCGGCGGCGGUGGCAGCGGGGCUGGGAAUCCCGGGGAUGCCGCGUCCGCCGCCUCGGCCGCUGUCAGCUCAGACUUCAUUAGCAAUCUGAGCCUCCUGGAGGAGAGCGAGGACUUCGAGCAGCCCUCUGGUCCCGUGGCGGCGGCGGCGGCGGCCGUGGCGGCUGCUGCGGCGGCAGCGGCUGCAGCAGCGGCGGCGGCGGCCGCGGGAGGACUGUGUGCGGACUUCCAGUGCCCGGAGUCCACCUGCCUGCAGCAGCAGCAACAGCAGCAGCCUGGGCCCCUCCAGCAGCACCCGCCCGUGCCCCCGGCCUCGGCGGGGCCCCUGGCUGGCCAGCCCCGCAAGAGCAGCUCGUCCCGCCGCAACGCCUGGGGCAACCUGUCCUACGCCGACCUGAUCACCAAGGCCAUCGAGAGCUCCGCCGAGAAGCGGCUCACCCUGUCCCAGAUCUACGAGUGGAUGGUGAAGAGCGUCCCCUACUUCAAGGAUAAGGGGGACAGCAACAGCUCUGCUGGUUGGAAGAAUUCGAUUCGUCACAAUUUGUCUCUGCAUAGCAAGUUUAUCCGAGUGCAGAAUGAAGGAACUGGGAAAAGCUCCUGGUGGAUGCUUAAUCCAGAGGGAGGAAAGAGUGGGAAAUCUCCCAGGAGAAGAGCUGCCUCCAUGGACAACAACAGCAAAUUUGCUAAAAGCAGAGGCCGAGCAGCCAAGAAAAAAGCAUCUCUCCAGUCUGGCCAGGAAGGUAGUGGUGACAGCCCUGGACCACAGUUUUCGAAGUGGCCUGCAAGUCCUGGCUCUCACAGUAAUGAUGACUUCGAUAACUGGAGUACAUUUCGCCCUCGAACUAGCUCCAAUGCUAGUACUAUUAGUGGGAGACUUUCUCCCAUCAUGACUGAACAGGAUGAUCUUGGUGAUGGGGACGUACACUCAAUGGUCUAUCCUUCAUCUACCACUAAGAUGGCUUCUACUUUGCCUAGUCUAUCAGAGAUAAGCAAUCCUGAAAACAUGGAAAACCUCUUGGAUAAUCUCAACCUUUUGCCAUCACCUACAUCAUUAACUGUAUCAACUCAGUCUUCACCUGCUACAAUGAUGCAGCAGACACCCUGCUACUCCUUUGCACCACCUAAUACGAGUAUGAAUUCACCGAGCCCCAGUUACCAAAAAUAUACUUACGGUCAAUCCACCAUGAACCCAUUACCCCAGAUGCCUAUGCAAACACUUCAAGAUAAUAAAUCGAGUUAUGGAAGUAUGAACCAAUAUAACUGUCCUGCGGGUCUCCUGAAGGAAUUGCUUACUUCUGACUCGCCUCCUCAUAAUGAUAUCUUGACACCUGUAGACACUGGUGUGGCUCAGCCCAGCAGUCGGGUUAUGAGUCAGAACGUGUUGAUGGCCCCUAACUCGGUGAUGCCAGCCUAUGGCAACCAAGCAUCCCAUAACAAAAUGAUGAGUCCUAAUCCCCACCCACACCCGGGACAUUCUCCACAGACAUCUGCUGUCAAUGGGCGUGCCUUGCCCCACACAGUGAAUACCAUGUCUCACACUUCAGGCUUAAACCGCUUGACCCCAGUGAAACCAUUAUUGCAAGUGCCUCUGACUCAUCCCAUGCAGAUGAAUGCCAUGGGCCCAUACCCUACUGUGAACAGUUGCAAUGGUUAUGGAAGGGUGGGCCUUCUCCACCAGGAGAAGCUCCCUAGUGACUUAGAUGGCAUGUUUAUUGAAGGCUUGGACUGUGACAUGGAGUCUAUCAUCCGUAAUGACCUCAUGGACGGAGACACGUUAGAUUUUAACUUUGACAAUGUGUUGCCUAACCAAAGUUUUCCGCACAGUGUAAAGACAACUACACAUAGCUGGGUGUCGGGCUGAGACUUAGUGAGCAGGCUACACUUAAAAGUACUUCAGAUUUAUCUGACAGCAGGAACUGAGAAAAGCAGUCCAAAGAUGUCCUUGAUCCUCGUUUUAGUUUUCUUGAUAGAAAAAAAAAAAAACAAAAUACAACACAACGCAACAAAAAGCAAAAACCCGUGUUCCUUUUUUCCUUUCGUCAGACUUGGCAGCAAAGAUACUUUUCCUGUACAGGAUGUUUGCCCAAUGUUUGCAGGUUAUGUGCUGCUGUAGAUAAGGACUGUGCCAUUGGAGAUUUCAUUCAUUACAAUGAAGUGCCAAACUCACUACACCAUAUAAUCACAGAAUAGACUUUCGGAUCAUGUAGAGCUUUGGAGUUUUGUAUAUAAGCAGUAGAUAAAGAAUUGUGUGUAUGUGCGUGUGUGUGUGCGUGUGUGUGCGUGCACGCGCGUUUAUAUGUUUUUGUUUUUUAAGAAUAUCCAUUUUGGUCCAAGGAACCAUUUAUACUUUUUGUAAUGCCGUAAUGGUCUCAUGUCCUAAGUAAGUCACCCUUUUUUUGUUUGUACUACCUAUGUUCCUCUGAACUGAACUGAUGACUCACAGUGAACCAAGAUCUCCAUUCAACAGCUCCAGGAUGGCUUUGGACUUUAUUCAUGUUGCCGCAUAAUUCACAUGAGAACGAAAUAGCCUGUUAGGAAUCACUGAGUUAAUUGACUUUCCAAUGGUUUUGAAACAAUAGAUUAAAUACCAGCUCGCACAGGUCUUUUCUAUUGUUUUUUUUUUUUAAUUGGAGGUGGGGUGGAUAGCACAUUGGUGCAAACAUUUAAAUGGUUCUGAUUUCCAGAUGAAUGAUUUUUAUUGCUGUUGGGACUUGAGAUAAUUUGGGGGGGGGGAGGGGGGAAUAGAUACUGAACUGUAAUGUUUUCUUAAAAUUAGAGCCUACUUUGUUACAUAGUCAGCUUGUAAAUUUAUGGAAUCACAGGUAUUGGGCAGCAUUCAUAAUGUUCAUUUUGUAUUUUUAACUGGAUUAGUACUAAUUUUAUACGUGCUUAACUGGUUUGUACACCUUGGGAUGCUACUUGGUGAUAUUUCCAUGACUAAUCUAAAAAGAAACGAAGUCAUAAUUAGGAUCUUGAAUACUAAGCAUUUCUGUCCCAUUUUGGGGAUAGGAAAGUGAUGUACAGUUAUAGACACUUGGCAUUUCAUGUUUAGGAAGAUCUAACCUGUUUUUAUAUAUACAUUUUUAGAAACUUCAUCUGCUUCUCUUUCCAUGAUAAUAGUGAGUACCACAAAGUGUUAAGUAUUCUUUGAUAGAUGCUUGUAUGAUGCUUUGUCACCUUUAUUUCCUAGAGGUCUCAUCAUGUUUUAGACCGGGAAAGGGGGGAUGCAGAACCUUCAUCUGAAAGGCCAUAGAAUCAUAGAUCUACAGCAGGAAGGGACCCCUUUGAGUCCAUUGGAAUUCCGCUCUCUCAAUUUUACAAAUGAGAAACUCAAGGCCUAGGGAAGCAAAGUGAUGUGACCAAGGUCACACGACUGGUCAUUGUUAGAGGUGGAAUCUGGACCCAGGUCUUUGACUCCAGAACCAGCACUCUUUCCUCAGUACCACACUGCAAUCUUCUUAUUUUUACAAACUGGAGUUUACAAAAAAAAAAAGUUAAUGUUCAGUUUAGUGUUAGAAAAGUCUGUCAAAACGUUUCGGUUAUGACCCCCUACCCCAUGUUUGCUGUAUUCCAAAAGGUUGGGACUAUUGUCCUUCCUUGAAGUUUGUUUACACACACACACACACACACACACACACACACACACACACUCUCACACUCUCACUCUCUCUCUCUCUCUCUCUCUCUCUUUCUCUCUUUCUUUCUUUCCAUCUCACUUUCUCUCUCUCUCCUCCCUCUUUUCUUUUCCUCAGAUCACUUAGUGCACUAUGGGGUGAGGAUUUUUAAAUGAAAUAAUACUGAUUAUUGAAGGCUUGGUAUCGAUAAUACAGGUGGGUUUUAAUUACCACACCAACACUAAAAAGACGUUGUUUCAGAAUCUCUAAUUCAUGCCUCUUAAAGAAAAAAAGUGUAGUACAAGUCAAGAAUUUGAAGAUUUCUUCGGCUCCAUUCCCAUCACUAUAUUUUAACACUUUCCAAUUACCUGUAACUUGUAGGCCAAGUUAAUUGGAGCUCGAGUCCCAUUUAAUUAAUCAGUAUUUUCAAGUCAUUCUUUGAAUGUUCCCGGACAACAAAAUUAAAGACCAGAUGCACAACGGUGUUCAUUUUGGCUCGUUAAGAACACUGAUUUCUUUGCAUUUGUCUGUGUACUUAGCCCGAAUCACACUUGCUUUGUCUUGCGUGUUAAUUGCGUCUCUCUUGGCUUUUCUCAGCCUUUCAACUAUGCUUAACAAAAAUGCAGCCACUGUAGAUGAUAGACAGUCUAUAGGCCAGCUCUGUUAUAGGCCUCCCACUGCGGCAUUCACCAUUUGAGUCGCUGAUGAUCUGAAGACGUGGAAAAUCCUUCCAACCACCGAAUACAUAGCUAUCUCCAUUGGUGGCCGCUCCAAAAAGUGGUCUCCCCAUCUGCUGAGAGCUACAAUAUUUGCAGUGUGCCUAUUUGCUUAUUUUAAAUCUUAGCUUGCCUAAUUAAUAGUCUUACUCUAUCAAGUAUAACCUGUUAUGCCAUGGUGCCAAAGUAUCUCUUAAAUUUUAUAAUUCCUUGUACCACCGUGUUACUGUUUAACCACAAUACAUACUCUCCCCCCACCAUAGCAUGAGGGCCCCCCUCCCCCAGCCAUUCCUUUAAUUAGAGAGGCAACUAAAAUUACCUUGUGAACUUUUGACUACUAGGUAAACUAAUAGACCUUUUUUUUUUCUUCUAUUUUCUUGGGCCUAUGUCUUUGAAUUUCCUUUUCUCUUGCGAUAUCUUUGUGUCAAAUUUCUAAUAUCAAUCCCAUGCAACUCUGGGACACCAUGAAGUCCGAUGAAGGGCAUUUUGUCUGUUUUGAUAUCAAACAUUAUGUGACCUCUAGUAAUUUUUUUUUUCAGUUAACAAUACUGAGUUUCUGGAAUAAUUUAGUUUUGUCAAUUAUUGUAAAUGAUUGCUUUGUGAAAUGUGCAAAUGAUCUUACCUAUGCAGCCAUGUUUGAUUUAUUUUCUCUGGUUUGUACUGUUAUUAAAAGUAUAUUGUAUUAUAGAGCUUAUUCAGAUAUUUUAAAUAUAAAGAUGUAUUGUUUCUGUAAUAGAUGUAUGGAAUAUAUUUAGAUAGUAAAUGCAUUAAUUGGAAAACUCUGCUUUAGCAAACUGACAAAGUGCUUAAGUUUAUAAGCAAAGGUUGUAACCCAAAAACUGGUAAAUGAACAGAGCAUCCCUAAGAAGAGGACGGGAAAUCUAAAAUUGGACCAAUUUUCAAACAGUAUAAAAUUUGCACUUGUUAAACCACUGGAUGUAUGUUAUCAGUACUUUCUCCCUUCCCUUUCCCCUCCAUCAUCCCUUUAUUUGAAAUUCUUCCUUUCAACUCUUUGGUUUCUUAAUUUAUAACUAAUUUUAAAUAAGGUGUA